GGCGGCGCUGCGCGGGCCGAGGCGGAGGCGGCGGUUCGCCCUCGGGCCUCCAACCUCGCAGCGCUUGGCUCCUCUGCGAAGGAGGCCUGGGCCUUCCGGCAAACGCCCGCAGCCUGUUGGGGCUUGUUGCUCUGCGACUUAGCAGAAAGAAGGGCAACCAAGCAUACAUCACAUCAUUCCUGCUGACCAAGACUAUUAACAAAAGACGACAAGAAAGACAGAGACAAUGUCGUCUGAAAUAACCCAAGAGAAAGAUCAAACAGCCCCCAAAAAGCGAGCUGGAUGGCCAAUGUUUUAUUGUCCCAUCUCACAAACUCAUAAUACUGCAGAAAUUGCAAGGAUCCGUGAAGAAUGCAAAAAGGAGAGUUUCUGGUACAGAGCUCUUCCUUUGUCUCUUGGCAGCAUGCUUGUCACCCAGGGGCUAAUCUCAAAAGGCAUUUUCUCAGCAAGCCCAAGGUUUGGAUCAUUACCUAAGAUAACAAUUGCUGGCAUCUUAGGUUUUGCCAUUGGAAAGAUGUCAUACAUAGGAGAAUGCCAAAAAAAGUUUGAGAAAAUUGGUAUUGCACCAUUUGGUCCACCUCAGAAAAGGCAUUGUCAUCAUACUUGCAAAGAAUGCAAAGCAAAACUGGAAUCAAAUGAGAAAGAAGGUCCAGUGCCUUCAGCAUCUUAGACUCAGAUGUGGUGAAGAUGAUAAAAAUCCUAUGAACAAGCUUCUUCCUACAAGCCUUUAUGUUAUAGACAAGAAAUCAAGUCUUCGGUUUGGUCUAAAUCGGCUCGUUUGGAAGAGUUGCAUGAUGUUUGUAGUAAAUCCCAAUUUCUUGUAAUGCACUUUUGUUUUUUUCCUUUCUCCUCUUUCUUCUUAGCAUGUCUUUUUCUCCUUUCAGUGCAAUCGAGCUCUUAGUGCUGAGAAAUUAAUGUUGUCUAUUGUACUUAGAUGUCUGUGAAACUUUGUGUAGCAAGCAAAAUGCCAUAAGCUGAAACAUUUGUUCUCUACAUCAAAGGAAAGAAUGGAAGGAUGUUUAAAUGAUUUUGCAUAGUUCAGCAGCUAUCCAGUCCCUAAACUGAUCACUUACCUGCAGUGUUUUAUAGCAAGCCAGAGGUUCAUAGGGUAGAGUCACACUGAAAUUACUGCACCGGAACAGCUUUUAAUAGGCCAGUUUUAUGUAAAAAUCCCCUUUGCCAAGGAUAUUAAAGUAUGUAUCACAUUCAUAAACAGUGAGAAAAUACCAUAUUCUUGAACAGUUGAUAGUCUGCACGCAAUCCAAAGCUAAUAGAUCUAGAGGAAAAGUAGAUGGCAUGCUCACCAUGUAUCUCAAGAAAUCAGGAGCAGACGCUUCCCCUAAACACUGUGAUGGUGUUCACUUGGAAAUCAAGUGUACCACUGUUGAAAAGUUUGGACUUCGCUGUCAGUUGGUGAAAACUCUCCUCUGUUUUUAUUGUCGUUGUUUGUUUUUAAACUGUGCCUAUUGCUAUAGCCCCCUCUUGGGUUGACUUCUUUGGGCGUCUUCACCAGAGGCACGAAGAGUAGGAGCUGUGCACGGUACGGAGCUGUGCCAGAUACACAGGCUGUUAGACCCAGGGUGGUGGAGCUUACAGUAGGGACUAUACAGAGAGAGAGCGUUACACCACCACAGAGCAGUAAACGUCCUUCGUGAGAGAAAAACAUCAUUAUCACAGGCACACUGAAGCCAGCAAAACUUGUAUGGUGACAUGACUUAGCUACUAUCCCUUCAUCUACCAUCUGCUAUCAAGGUAGCAGCCACAAGCUGAGCCAAUACCAGUUGCACCCGGGUUACCUGGGACAGGCCGUUAACACACAUACAUGGAGCUAUUGCUACAUGUGACAGAGGACUGUCCUUUCAUCAGCACUGUCAGACUCCCCAAGGCUGUAUCUUGAGGCCAGUGUUACCUCCUGGAGGUGACUGAAUGGCUGAAGAUUUCGUAGCUACUUAUUCUUGUUUUAAAUGUAACCUUGUUCAGGCUUCCUAUUAUUUUGCUGUAAUAAAUUUACUGCUAUAUAAAAA